UAGUUUAGGCUUUUUCAGACGUUGGAGUUGGUUUUGAUUUUCAUCAGUUGCAGUUUCGGAUAAAAGAGGUAAGAAAUGAUUUCUUUAGUUGAUUUUGACUUUCACAGCAUCUAUUGUUCUGUUUGUGUGAGUGUGAGUGUGUCAUUCAGUAAUUGCAUGUUGAUGUCAACAAGUUCUGCAAAAAAAUCAAGUUUCAGUUGAUGUUGAUGCUAAUAGGGGAUCAACUCAUAAAAUGAUUUAUUCUCCGUGUUCUGUGAGUUGUAUUCUAAAAUAAUAGCAUGUUGAUUCUACAAAUAUUUGAAGAAUAAUGUUACAGUUAUCUGUUGAAACAAGAAUAAAAAAGUUCAAUGAAAUAAGAAAAAAAGUUGAUGUUUCAGUUGUUGUUGUUGAUGCUAAUGGUAGACCAUAUAUGGGAUCAACAAUAAAAGUUGAUCCCAUAAAAUUGUGUCAACAACCAAAGUUGACAGCAAAUAAAUGUUAUUGUAAGUGAUCUUGUUAUUUAGAAGUAGCUUUUUUAUUAUUUUCGUUGGUGAACAUGCCAUUCCCUUCUUUUGAACAACAAAAGUUAAUCCAAUUAAUGGGAUCAACAACAUGAGUUGAUGCCAUAAAACUGAAAACCAACUAUAAUUAUACAAGUAUAAAAUGAGAUCAACAACAAUAGUUGAUCACAUAAAAUGGAAUCAACAACAUAAGUUGAUUCCAUUGAUGGGAUCAACAAUAGUAGUUGAUCCCAUAACAAUCGAAAACCAAGUACUAUUAUACCAGUAAUUGUCAACAACGGGAGUUGAUGACAUUAGAUAGGAUCAACAAUAGGAGUUGAUCCCAUUUUACUAACUGUUCAACUGUUAUUGUUGUGUUAUUGAAUGAAUAAGAAUGCUGACUAUAUCACUGUUGUUUGAAAUAUAACAAUCAAAUGAGGAGAUCACCGCGGUUAAGCCAGAAGAAUCAAGAAGAGGAUCAACCGAAACAGAUUCCAAAAGAUGUAGGAAACAAACAUAAGAAGUUAUUGGAAGAAAAACAACAACAGAUUGAAAGAAGGACAAAGCAGAAAAAUGAUCAACAUAAUGAAAAGUCAAAGCAACAAAAAGAAAAAAAGAUGGACAAGAAGAUUAGAAGAAGACAAAUCGCAAGAGAUUGAAAAAGUUAAAGCAACGAAAAGAAAGAAGGAGAACAAAAAGAAAUUAGAUGAUGAACAGAAAGAAAAGGUGAAGAAAAAGAAGAAAAAUGAAGAGGAACCAUCAGGUAAAAGAAAGAAGAAGAUGAUAAUUGAAGAAUCAGAAGAAGAGGAAGAAGAAGAUUCAGACGAAAAAGAGAACAAAUCAGAGGAGGAGGGAGAAGAAUCAGAGGAAGAAAAAGUAACUGAGGAAAAGAAAGAAUCAGAUGCGAAGCCGCGAAAUGAACUCAAAGGUAGGCCAAGGGAGAACGAAGUUACAUUCAAAGGAGGUCUCAUUCCAUUAGUUGAAAUGGGGAGUUUUUUAAUACAAGCUGUUUGAACUA